UUUCUAGUGCAUAUAUACAACGGUACACACUCGUCUGCGCACAAUGAAUCGAAUCUGGUUCCAGCGAUCCAAUAAAUUGAUGGCAAACUGGCCAAAACGCUUGUAGAGCCGAACUGGGGCUUAAAACGAUUGGCAAGUCGAGGACCCUUCCAUGCCAUGAAGGACACUGGAGAACGACGAAGGCGUUGCAGUGCAAAACGAAGGAUUAUUGGUUCCGGAGUUAAUCGAUUAAAGCAACGGUGAACCAACGCACAACGCUGUUGACCUGUCCUGACAUAGGGACGGACACUGCCACAUCUCAUAUCAUCAAGGUCAACCGCACCCGUCGCAGGUUACACUUUUUGGUUCGUGAUGCACUACAUGGAACAUAUUUCGCCAUCUGGUCAGCCCUGGGUGUGACGUCACUCCCCCGCCUAGAGUGAUUUUCAUCAUACAACAGGCGAACACACGCACGCGGACGGCAGAACACCGAUAAUCAGCAAGAUAACGUCACUGAACCCAUAGCGUCAGCUGUUAAUAGCGUGCGCAUUUUGAUUACAACAAGAGAAGCUCAACGAUAGUUGCGAAAAACAAACAGAUACAGCAGCGUAAAAUGGCAGACGGUGGGACGAGUGGAACAUUUCUGCGCACCAUCGAGUGGGACAUGAUGGACAAGCGAAAAUUCUUCCCACUCUCGAUGCUUAGCUCAUUCUCGGUCCGCUGUGCUCUAUACCCAUUGACGGUAAUCAAAACCCAGCUACAGGUACAGUUCCGCAACGACAUCUACAAGGGUAUGAUCGAUGCCGGCAUUAAGAUCUAUCGAGCCGAGGGUGUACCGGGGCUGUACCGGGGAUUCUGGAUUUCUUCGGUACAAAUCGUGAGCGGUGUGUUUUAUAUCAGCACGUACGAAGGUGUCCGGCAUGUGCUGGGUCAGUACGGUGCAAACCAGCGCGCCAAAUCACUCGUAGCCGGCGGUUGCGCAUCACUCGUCGGCCAAACCAUUAUCGUACCAUUCGAUGUGAUUUCACAGCACGCAAUGGUACUCGGGAUGGGUGCGCAUGGUGGUAAGAAUGGUGCGGUCAAUCCGCUCGGUAUCAACUUCGACAAGGGUAGCAGCCGGUUACGAAUUACGCGUGACAUUGCGCGCGAAAUUCUCCGCCGGGACGGUGUGCGUGGGUUUUACCGGGGUUAUACGGCGAGCCUGAUGGCGUACGUACCAAAUUCGGCAAUGUGGUGGGCCUUUUAUCAUUUGUACCAGGACGAGCUGCUAAAAAUCGUACCACCGUGGGUGUCACAUCUGUUUGUGCAGUGUGUAGCUGGUAGUUUCGGUGGUUUCACCACAACCAUCAUAACGAAUCCGCUCGAUAUAGUGCGGGCACGAUUACAGGUACAGCGGCUCGAUUCGAUGAGUGUCGCAUUCCGGGAGCUGUGGCACGAGGAACAUUUUCAUAUGUUCUUUAAGGGUCUAACGGCACGGCUUGUACAAUCGGCCGCGUUCUCCUUCAGCAUCAUCCUCGGGUACGAAACGAUUAAACGAGUUUCGGUUAACGAGCAGUACCGGCACAUGAUCAAGUGGUAACAACAAUCAAGUGAUCGUGCUCUGGAGUGUACAGCAAGUUUGUAUAAUGUUUCGUCGUCGUAGUAAUGUUCAUUCGUUUGUUAGAUUCGUUUACACAGCAGUGUGUAUAUCUCACCAAUGGAUCGUAGAAGCUAAGGAAACCAAUGUUUAAAAAAUAGAACGUUACAUGCGUGAACCGUAACAAUAAGUGAAAAAUGGAUAAAAGUAAUUUAAGUUGAACAUAUAAGCUAGAACAAAAAGAUGAAUGUGCAAUAUAUAAAAAGCAAGGCUAAGAUUAACUAUUAAUGUGCAACAUGUAAGCAAACCAGUGGACAACACUUGUGUGAAAACUAAAAGUUACACCCAAACAAAUCGUUCGAAAAAUGGUACGUGGAACGUUCAGACAAUAUCGAUUUGUAUGAUGGCAUGUAAUAUCUUUCCCGCGCACACUUUCGCAACUGUAGCAGCCUACUAUGCAUCUCUUGUAAAUUUCCGUUCAAUAAUGCCUCCCCGGGCGGGGGCAUCCGUUCGAAUCACACUAUUUAAGUUCGGACUAAAUGCAAAUAUGUAUAUUAUAUUUUAUACCACGUGAGUUGCUCUCCAAAAAAAGCAAAUGAAGCCGAUUGACUACUUAGACGGUCAAUCCCCAACCACAGUAUCACAUUUACUUUUUAUUUCUACUCAAGAACACAAAUGAUGGCGGGGCGAAUUUGGCCGUUGUCGUUUGUAGUACCGAAUAGAAACUGACAAUAGGAAAACACGCUGCAGGAGAGAGUUUUACCGUGUACCCGCAGGGGAAAAUUAAACCAAAAAGUUGUAUAAACAAAAGAGCUUUAAUAAAGCAAACACGUUUCAACCUGUUA